AUGGCAUACCAACGCGAGUUCGAGAUGCAAGCCCUCCCGCCCUCACCAAAAUCACGAAGCCCCGAACCAGAACCCAACGACUCUUCAGCAUGGAAUCGUCUCAUCACAAGCUUCUCCCGCGCCCCAUCGCGCCAUGACAGCCUGAGCAGCUACAACAGCUACGCCUUCAACGGGCGGCUGUUCAACAUGAGCAAAGCAAACUACAACUCUGCCAACACAGCGCUGGCGCGAGAAUUAAAGAACCGGCACUUGCAGAUGAUUGCGUUCGGCGGAUCUAUCGGAACGGGUCUUUUUGUCGCGUCGGGUGUUGCGCUGUAUCGUGGGGGACCUGUUUCGCUGCUUCUGGCGUUUAUCAUCAUGGGUGCUAUGCAGUUCUUUACGAUGCAGGCGCUGGGGGAGUUGAGUGUUGCGUUUCCGUAUCUCAUUGUGCUGCCACUUGAGAUUAUUGCAGGAGCAUUUACGACGAAUUACUGGAAUCCCAACGCCAGCAAGAGCAUUUUCAUCGUUCUCUUCUUCAUUCUCAUCCUCGGUAUCAACCUUCUCGGGGUGAAGGGCUACGGCGAAGCUGAGUUCGUCUUCUCAGCCGUCAAAGUCACAGCCAUCGUUCCCCAGAAGGAGACUACAUCGGUUUCACACGGUGGCAAAACCCCGGCGCCUUUCACAACGGCUUCAGAGGCUUCGCAAGCGUUUUAG